CAGAUCAGUGGGCUCAGUGCGGCAAGCGGGACGGUGCCGGGCUUUGUGACGCGAUUGCAAGUGCCACCGCACUCGUUGCCGACGCGCGAGCGCCCAGAAUUUCCUGACUCGGCGCGAGCUGUGCAGCUGUGCUCUGCUUGAGUGCCACCGCAGUCGCACUGCGAGCGCGCAGCAGAGCGAUCGCAGAAAUCCGAGGCGAGUUUCGAGAUGCCCGCCAUGCAGUGCCUCCUGCUCGCCGCCGCCGCGACGGCUUUCAGGAUAGCACCAACAAUACUACACCCCAAGCCGCUCGCGUCGACGACAAACGAUUGGCAGCAGUUCGAGGUCGACGCGUGGCGCGACGCCGUCGUGGCCUUUGACGACGACGAGGACGAGGACUUUGAGUUGUUUCUGGAUGACUUGGACGGGGACCUGGAGGAGACGCCGCCGCCGCGCGACGACGCGCCGCGCUACCUCAGAGAGGCCGUCGAGGUGUGUGGUGCUGAUGUCGCUUUGGAGGGCCUCACAGCGAGAGAGCGCGACGUGUUGGAAGCAAGGUACUGGUCCGAGGCGCCGCGCACCCAAUUGGACGCCGCGAAUGAAUUGGACGUGAGCCUCACGCGGGUCAACAAUUUGGAAAGGAGUGCGAGGAAGAAGCUCGAGAGAUUAUUGGAAGAACGGCGGUCGAUGGCCCAGACGGAUGCUGACGUUUCGGACGACGACGGUUUGAGCGACGCGGCUCAAAGGGCAUUAGCAGAGGGCCGGUUGAUGCUGGGCGUCAUGGAGCGGCGCGUGGGCUACUUCUAUUUUCGCGACGAAUUGGGUCUGGACGAGGCGACGCUCGGGCGGUUGCUCGCGCACCACGGCGCCGUGCUGUCGCAGCGGCGCGACACGCUCGCCGAGAAGGGCGCGUCCCUCAGGAGGCACCUGAACCUCGACGAGAGCGAGCUCAAGAAGCUCAUCCGCGUGCAGCCCACGUUGCUGGGCCACAACGCGACGCAGCUGCGGCGGAAGAUCGAGUGGCUCCGGACGGCCUGCGACUGCGCGCACGAGCGCGAGCUCGGCCAGGCCUGCCUCAAGUGCCCGCCGCUCCUCGCGACGUCGGCGCGGCGCGUCCUGGCGCCGGCCAUCACGCAGCUGCGCGCGCUCGACCCGUCCGGGGCAUUAGCCAGGCGCAUCCUCGAGCAGCACCCGAACGCGUUGCGGGCGCGCGACGUCGGCGCUAGGUUGAAGGCCCUCGCGGACGCCGUCGACGGCGACGCGCAGGACGCCGCGCGCAUGGCCUGGAAGGAGCCGCGGGCCCUGGCCAUCGACGCGCGGUCGCUCGACGAGCGCGCGGCCGCGUUAAGGCAGGCCCUCGGCGAGCGCGAGGCGAACGCGCUGAUCGGCAAGCGGCCGGACGUGCUGUUAGCGUCGACGUCGAAGCUCAGCGACGUCGCCGCGGCGCUAGAGCUGUCGCUCGGCCUGACGCGCGCGAACGCGACGCGCCUCGCGGCUCGCGUCGCGUCGACGGCGCCGCGCGUCGUGGCCUCGACGGCGUCGGCAAAAGUGCACCAGCGGGCGACCUUCCUCUGCAAGGAGCUCGGGCUCUCUCCAGAAAGAGCCGCGGCGGUCGUCUACCGCCGGCCGCAGUGCCUGGGGCUGUCGGUCGAGAAGAACCUCCGGCCGGCCUGCGCGUGGUUGGCGUCGGAGCUGCUCGGUGGGUCGGAGAAGGUCGCCUCGCUGCAGGAGAUCGACGCGGACAAACUCGACGCGCUGCGGAAUCUGGUCGACGCGUACCCGACGGUGCUCGGGUUGUCCGUCGAGAAAAACCUCAAGCCGAAGCUCCACGCGCUCCGGACGGAGCUCAAGCCGAGCGAGCUGCGCGACCGGGGCAAGCACCCGCUCGCGCGCGACGGCGCCGCCGCGGCGGUCUUGCAGUGCCCGGCGCUCCUCGGCUACUCGCUCGACGGGCGCCUGCGGCCGCGGCUGCGGCGCAUCCGCCAGGCGGGAUUGCCCCUGGCGGACAUCGCGACGCUCGCGCAGUGUCCCGAGGCGCAGUUUGAGAAGCGGUUGCAGGGGCGGCUCGCGCGGGCUUGAUUCUUAUAAUGAUGAAUUGUUACU